AUGGCUGAGGCGUACCUGUCAACUGAUGAAGAAAACUAUGUGAGAAUGAGUUUGUUAAUCACUGGGGUUUCACCACGUGGUGUAAGAGCUUUGUUUGAUAGUGAAUUUGCACCAAUAUGCCUGGGUGCCUCAAUAAAAAAAGAGUAUACCAAACUGAAAGAACUUAAAACAAAGCACAUAAUAAACCAGUCUCAGUGGAAUCUCCUGUUUCCAAAAUAUCCAGAUGUUCCCGAUUCAAAAACGUUUGACGUCACGUUAAUGAUAACAUUACUUCGACAUUUGACUCCUAUAAUUCCUCCUGUUGGUGGAUAUGACUGUUUACCACAAACAGCUGAAGUCACGCUAGGUGCUGAUUUGUCAAGAAUUAAGUAUUACAGGAACUACUUGGCUCAUCUAGAUAAUGGGAAAAUAGACACUACAUUCUUCAAUACUGCAUGGAUUGAUAUAACUAGUGCCCUUGGUAGAUUUGGAGGGCAGAAAAUGAAAAAGGAUUGUGAACAGUUGAAAAUCAAACAUCUAGAUCAGACCAGCCAUGAAAUAAUGAACGCCAUCAGACAUUCAUCUGAUGAAAUCAGAGAAUUGAAGGCAUCAGUUGAAUAUUUGCAGUCGUCUGAAAAAGAAAUGAAGACGUCAUAUGAAUUAUUACAAGAAAACUGUGAAGAAGUGCAGCAUUCGCAUGUAAAGCUUCAAAAAACAGUGACGUCCUAUCAGCAGGAUACAGUGCCUUGGAAUGUAAGAGUUGCUAUGGUAACUUGA